UUUAUUUUAUCUUCAAUAGCUAAGAACUGCGCUGAGCUGUACAAAUCUGGUCAAAGGGUCAGCGGUGUUUACACAAUCGACCCGGAUGGUUCAGGCGCCUUUAAUGUAUACUGUGACCAAACUACAACCGGUGGGGGAUGGACGGUGAUCCAGAAGAGAAUGGAUGGCUCAGUCGAUUUUAAUCGCACCUGGGAUGACUACAAGCAUGGCUUCGGUAACUUGGUCGGUGAAUUUUGGCUCGGACUAGACAAGAUAAAUCGCCUGACACGAAACAAGACAAGGAACAAGCUUCGAGUAGAUCUAGGAGUAAAAACUGGCAAAACUGUGCACUCUGAGUAUGGCUGGUUUGGAAUUGGGACCGAGACAGCUAAGUACUCGCUAAACCUUGGCAAAAUCAUAGGUAAGUAGACCGUUUUUUAGCAUUCAUCCCUCGAUCUUAAUACGUUACUCCUCUCUCAUCAAAAUCUCGAUCUAAAACUCCACGUGGUCGAAGAACGAAGUAGACCCACAUGUCCGGAUUGGUUCUUACUCGGUCGAGAGUUUGGUUCGAGUGCCACAUAAGAAACUUCUUACUAACAUUAUUUUAUUUAUUUAUUUAUUUAUUUAUUUAUUAAUUUUUUUUUUUACGGAAAACAACAAGUUUGAAAUUACAAAGACACUAUACGAACCCUUGAAUUAUGCGGAUUUCUUUUGUUCUGUUUUGAAACAGAUGCCACUGUUUCCAAUGAUUCCCUCGGUCCUCAUAAAGGUUCCGGUUUUGGUACCUGGGAUAAGGUUCCUGCUGGUUGUACUCAAAAAAUAGGAGGAGGCUGGUGGUAUGACAGAAGUAUUACUAAAUGUGCUAUUUUGUCAAAUCUCAAUGGUAUUUAUCCACGUUGUGGAAAAGAAACCUCGGCCGCUAUUCACUGGGGAUACUUAGAUUCUCGCAGUCCCAAGAGAAGCGCUCCAACAUCAACUGAAAUGAAAAUAAGACCAGUGGAAUUUAUGCAUGUGGCUUGA